AGUUUGCACACUCUUGGUUCUUUACCUUUCAUCUGACUUUGAUGUGUCAUCACAUUCUGAACAGAACAGUGUGCUCUCCAACAGAUCUGAGAUUCACUCGGUAUCAGUACACACUCUCCAGGUUAUCUGCACGUGUUUACAGUACAACUCAUCUGAAACUUCGAUUCAUUCGACGAUUUCUCCUGAGUUCACCCAACAUUUGAUGACUCUGACCUCCAGAACAGAUUCAGAGAACAACAUGCAGGCAGAUCGUGAGAUGAGUGUUGUUGCGGGGUCACCCAGGACAGGUGACAACUGUAGCAAUGUUCACGAGGAUGUCAGCGUGAGAAAGAGGAGGGCUAGUGAUGAUGGCAGGAUGCCCGACAAAAGGAUGAGGUGCAGUAACCUCACCAACCCUUCUGAACACAGUGAUGUGUCAGUAAAGGACAGAAUCAGUCAAAGGAGAAAGAGGAAGAUCAGUGUAGAUGCCAGACCUCCUGAAAAGAAGAGAAGGUGUAGCAUCAGAAACAGCUCCAACUCCAGUAGUAGUGACAGCGGAGUGUCCCGGUUCUGUCUGCUCAGUGAUACUGAAUCCUCCUCUUCAUCAGCAGACAUCACCUACAACACCAGCAAUGCCUCAUCCGAGGAGGAGAGAAUCUUUGAGUUGGCCUCCUCACUAAACGCAAGCAGAGCUGAUUUCGUGAACAAGUACUGCGAGUUGGAUCCGAUCGGCAAGGGAGGCUUCGGCUCAGUGCGCGCUGGCUUCCGUAAAUCAGACCAUCAACCAGUUGCCAUCAAGCACAUUCCCAUCAGGGCUGUGAGAUUAGAAGAAGUUAAAUGCAAUGGGAAGGUGUUCGACAUCGUUCUGGAGGUGGCACUCAUGCUGAAAGCCACAGGUCUACCAGGAACCAUUGGACAGUCCACUGCUGUGUCUCUUCUGGACUGGUAUGAUCUGGGCCACGAGAUAAUACUGGUCAUGGAAAGACCGGAGAACUGCAUGGACCUCCUCAGCUACCUAAAAUCUCGUGGAGGUUACCUGGAUGAACAUGAGGCAAAGAUGAUCCUGAGACAGCUGGUGGACGCAGCCAUCGACAUGCACUCAAAGGGUGUCUUUCACCGGGACAUAAAGUUACAGAACGUCCUGGUGCAGUUGAACGGUGGAGAACCCAAAGUGCGUAUCAUCGACUUCGGCUGUGGCAGCUUCUCCACUGAGGCGUCUUACACUACUUUUUGUGGUACCCGUGCAUACUUCCCUCCCGAGUGGUUUGACGAUCACAAAUACAGGGCCUGUCCCACCACUGUUUGGCAGCUUGGAGCGCUGUUUUAUACAUUGCUGUGUGGACAUAGGACCUUUACCACCAUGAGCUUCAUGAGCAAACACGUUCAGUUCGACAGAGCACUGUCCAAUGAGGUCAAGAUCUUGGUGUAUAUGUGUCUGAUCAGAGACCCUGAGUUGCGAGCCACUCUGAAGGAGCUACAGCUGCACUCUGCGCUCAACUAAGCAUCCGCAAAUCCAAGUCAAGUCAACUUUGAUUUUACGGUACUGAAAAACUCGUAAUGGACUGUUCAAUUUGUCAUGUGCAACCUCAACUCUCAAAUAAAGUAAGAAGCUUCU